AUGUCGUGGACUCCGGUGGACUUUACCUGUGUUCGCUACUCAGCAGUGGAGGGCACGCACUACUUUCAUGACUCUACUUUCCCUACCUCGAUCCAAUUCUUAUUGUCCGGUCGCUGGGAGCCUUGGGACGUUAGCUACGUAAAGUACAAGGCCCAAGAUCCAGAUGUUCGACGCGUCGCAGAAGAAGCCGAGUUACGACUCGUACGGGAUCCUUACUCUGGAUAUACUCCAUGGCCGUCUCCGCCUCCCUCUUCUACGGGCGCUCCCCCGCUAGCCCCCAUGUACGGCCAGAUCCCAUCACUACCGAAUAUCAACCAGAAUACGGGAGCGGGCCUUAUGACGCCUUCACCAUCUACGGUAGUCGAGCAUGCUCCCCCGGCAUCGCCACGAGAUCACAGUACGCCCUCGUCAGCGACAACUGCAACCGUCUAUGCCUCUCCAUACGCGUAUCAACCUACCGCGUCAAUCGGUUCUACUCCAAUGCCGCCAGAAUCCGCUCCUACUACCGAAACAGCUCCCGAGAACAAUACUCAUUCGGAUCAACUUAAUGUACAUCCGUCGUCUUCACAGUAUAUCGAUCCCUCUCUGCGUGAUCAGUCGGCAAACCAGAUACCUGCCCCGCAAGCAAUCCUCUCGAGGACGAGAGAGACGAAGAUUCUGCUCUCAAUUGAUGGAGAUGGUAUCCGAGGGCUAUCUGCCCUCCUCCUAGUCGAAUCACUUGUCAAUGCGAUUUGUGUCAAAGUUGGACAGCGCCUGGACAGCCAUCAGAUCUUCGACUUGACAGGUGGCAGUUCUCUUGGUGGAAUAAUAGCCAUCAUGCUGUGUCGACUUCGAAUGCAAGCCCACCGAGCUAGAGAGGCAUACAAGCAGAUCGCGAAACAGGUUUUUGAGAACAAAAGAGACUACUUCAGAUAUCUCGAUCCUCAUUCACAAAUACGGGACGUUGACGAUAGUGCUUUGGAGAAAGAGAUCAAGAACGUGAUCCAGCAAGAGCUAGGCAAUCCGGACGAAGUACUCCUAGAUGGACGGCCGGACUCAGGUGACGUUUUCGCAAUCACGACACAGAUGGAUAUCGGCACCAAUAAAGCUGCUUUGAUUCGAUCAUACCAAACGCGGCGCAUAACUGGACCAGACUUGGAACCCAACAUGCCCAUAUGGCAAGCGAUGAAAGCGACUUCGGCAGCCCCACGAUACGUGCAAUCUGAGCCUGGCGUCCCGCAACGUUUCGUGAUUGAGAAAGGCCUUGUCGACCAUGGAACUACAAAGAACAAUGCGGUUCGCGACAUUCUUUACGAAUGUAGAAAGCUGUUUCGAUAUGCCAACGACAUGAUGAUCAUCGUCUCGGUGGGUACGGGCGUCGGUCUCAAUCGAAGUAAGGAGAUUCCCGAGAUGGCAAACAGCGUUGAGGAUAGGAAGGCUGAGGCAAAGACAUGGGGUGAGAAAUUUGAAGCCGAACAUGCUGCGCUAAUGGAGCGGAAUUGGAUGAAGUACUUUCGGUUUGAUGUGACGGGACUGGAAGACGUACCACUGGAGGAGUGGAGUCACGAGGAUCUAAUCAAGGAAAAGACGUCGGCGUACCUCGCCCAGCCAGAGGUUGGGCAGAAAUUCUAUGCUUGUGUAGACGCGAUAACGGCGUUACUGCUGAGUCCGCAGGGAAGGUAG